AUGAACGCGUCCUAUCGCUGCCAUGCAUCCUCCUGGGUGGAAAAGGGCUCCUCGGCGACAAUGGGUGGCGUGCUCUUCAGCGCCGGGCUACUGGGCAACCUGCUGGCGUUGGUGCUGCUGGCGCGCUCGGGCCUGGGGUCCUGCCGGCAGCGGCCGCUGCGCCCGCCACCCUCGGUCUUCUACGUGCUAGUGUGUGGCUUGACGAUUACUGACUUGCUAGGCAAGUGUCUGGUCAGCCCGGUGGUCCUGGCUGCCUACGCACAAAAUCAGAGCCUGAAGGAACUGCUGCCUGCCGCAGGCAAUGGGCUAUGUCAAGCCUUCGCCUUCAUCAUGUCCUUCUUUGGGCUAGCCUCGACGUUACAGCUGCUAGCUAUGGCGCUGGAGUGCUGGCUGUCUCUGGGACACCCCUUCUUCUACCAACGGCACAUCACCCUGCGCCGGGGAGUGCUGGUGGCGCCGGUCGUGGGAGCCUUCUGCUUGGCUUUCUGCUCGCUCCCCUUCGCCGGCUUUGGGAAGUUCGUGCAGUACUGCCCAGGCACCUGGUGCUUCAUCCAGAUGGUCCAUGAGAAGCGCUCGCUGUCGGUUCUCGGCUUCUCUGUGCUCUACUCCAGCCUCAUGGCGCUGCUGGUCCUCGCUACCGUGCUGUGCAACCUGGGCGCCAUGCACAACCUCUACGCCAUGCACCGGCGCCUGAGGCGCCGCCACUCACGCUGCUGCCCCAGGGACCGCGCCCAGCCAGGCUCCGGUCACGGGCACGAGUCCCUACAUCCCCUGGAGGAGCUGGACCACCUCGUGCUGCUGGCUCUCAUGACGGUGCUCUUCACUAUGUGUUCCUUGCCUUUAAUUGUGAGUUGCUGGGCACCGAAGUUCAGGAAAACUGGGCGCCUCAGGGACCGGCCAGGUGGGAAGGUGGGGGUGGGAUGGAUGCUGCUCUGGCUCCAGGAGCUGCAUCGGGGCCACCGGCAGGGCGGUUGA